GGGGACUUCUUAAAACCUUUUGAGUAAAAUAAGAACAACAACUGACAGCAUUUCAGAUCAAAUAGUUUACUUUAUACCAAGAUGACAAUGUUAUUUUUAAGUGAUAGCCAUUUUAAUUAGUAACCCUGCAGACUGUGGAGAAUAUUGGGAGACAAAUGAAGAUUUUUUGAGGUCAAUACAUUCAUUCUGGUGCCUUGGUUUGAGAGGAAAGUACAGCAUGUGAUCUCUGUAAAAUCUAAACACUAAAGAAAUUGGCUUGAUGGGAGCAAAAUGGAGAUGAAUUUGAAGAGACUGAAGGAAUAUACAGGGUCUAGAUGGCUUAGUUAGUUUAAAUGAAUACCAGUGGUGUUGGAGUGGGAAGCAGAGGAUACAUAAGUGGGCCUACUUGGACUUUGAAAAGCCUAUUGAUAGCUACAGGUGGAAGACUUGCACAAGAGUUGAUGCGCUAAAUCAAAGCAUGUUUGAGAAUCUGAGUCCCCAUGAGUUUGACUCUCCGAAGACAGUGGAGCAUCAGCGGAAAACAUCAAGUCUCAAUGUCUUGGUGGAGCCUGUCCAAGGGCCACACUGUGCUUCUGGCAGACCAACACAGAUCCCUUUUAGCCGCUCGGUGUCUGAGCCUGGCACGAAUGCAGUCACUGAGAAGCCGGCACUGCGACAGGUCUACUCGGACGCAGAGCAGCGACAGCAUUUCUUACAGGGGUUGUUUUCAACUGUGUCCAGCCAAGUUUCGAGGAUUUUGAGCCAUAAAGAAGAGCCUUGCAAGGGAACGCCAAAGGGAGAUGUGAAGGGGCCGCCCACCCACCGACUGUCUUGCGGCCAGUCCCCCUAUACCGAGACCACCACAUGGGAGAGGAAGUACUGCAUCCUGACCGACAACCAGCUGAUACUGCUCAACAAGGAGGAAGAGAUGCCGGUUGAGGUGCUCCAUGAAAGCCAGUCAGACUCCUCCAAGGGGAGAAACCUGCGGAGGACAGUCAGCGUACCGUCGGAGGCGCAGUUCCCCGAGUACCAGCCUGAGGGUGUUGCAAAGCUGGAGGUGUCUGCUGAAAGGUCCCCAAGAAGGAGAAGUAUAUCGGGACUCGGGAGCUCCGAGAAGAACAGCUCCAUGGAUGGACCCAACUCUUCCCCUUUCAAAGUGCCGGGUUUCUUCAGCAAACGACUUAAGGGUUCAAUUAAGAGGACGAAAAGUCAGUCCAAACUGGAUCGCAACACCAGCUUUCGACUGCCCUCCCUGAGAAACAGCGACAAUGACAGGUCCGGUGGCUUGCCCAAGCUAAAGGAGUCGCGCUCUCAUGAGUCUUUGCUGAGCCCUGGUAGUGCAGUGGAAGCCUUGGAGCUGGGAAUGGAAGAUGAUGUGUUUAUCAAACCCCUGCACAGCAGCAUUCUGGGUCAGGAAUUCUGUUUUGAGGUAGCUUAUUCAGGGGGGAGCAAGUGUUUCAGUUGCUCAUCCGCAGCAGAGAGGGACAAGUGGAUGGAGAACCUAAAGAGAACAGUGCAGCCAAACAAGGACAACUGCAGGAGGGCAGAGAAUGUUCUGCGGCUGUGGAUUAUUGAGGCCAAGGACCUGCCUCCCAAGAAGAAGUAUUUCUGUGAGCUGUGCCUGGAUGACGUGCUGUAUGCCCGCACCACCAGCAAGACCAAAGCAGACAACCUCUUCUGGGGUGAGCACUUUGAGUUCUACAGCCUGCCACUGGUACGCAGUAUCACUGUGCACAUCUACAAGGACAUUGACAAGAAAAAGAAGAAGGACAAGAACAACUAUGUGGGGCUGGUGAACAUCCCCAUGGGCAGUGUCACCGGUCGACAGUUUGUGGAGAAAUGGUACCCGGUUAGCACCCCCACACUCAGCAAGGGCAAGGGGAGCGGGCCUUCCAUCCGCAUCAAGUCCCGCUUCCAAACCAUCUCCAUCCUCCCCAUGGAGCAGUACAAGGAGUUUGCAGAGUUCAUAACCAACAACUACACAAUGCUGUGUUCCGUCUUGGAGCCCGUCAUCAGUGUCAAGAACAAAGAAGAGAUGGCAUGUGCACUGGUGCAUAUUCUGCAGAGCACGGGGAGAGCACGGGAUUUCCUCACAGACUUGGUGAUGUCGGAGGUGGAUCGUUGUGGAGACCAUGAUGUCCUGAUCUUCCGGGAAAACACCCUGGCAACCAAAGCCAUUGAGGAGUACCUGAAGCUGGUUGGGCAGAAAUACCUUCAUGACGCACUGGGAGAGUUCAUCAAGGCGCUGUAUGAGUCAGAUGAGAACUGUGAGGUGGAUCCUGGUAAAUGCCCCUUGAAUGAACUGUCUGAACACCAGAGUAACCUCAAAAUGUGCUGUGAACUUGCCUUCUGCAAGAUAAUCAACUCAUACUGUGUUUUUCCUCGUGAGCUGAAAGAGGUAUUUGCAGCCUGGAAGCAACAGUGUCUGAAUCGCGGGAAGCAGGACAUCAGUGAACGUCUCAUCAGUGCCUCCCUGUUCCUGCGCUUCCUGUGUCCUGCCAUCAUGUCACCCAGCCUUUUCAACCUCAUGCAGGAGUACCCAGAUGACCAGACGUCACGCACACUAACCCUCAUAGCCAAGGUCAUCCAGAACCUAGCCAAUUUCGCCAAAUUUGGCAACAAGGAGGAGUACAUGGCAUUUAUGAAUGACUUCCUGGAGCACGAGUGGGCUGGGAUGAAGCGAUUCCUCAUGGAAAUCUCGAACCCUGACACAAUAUCCAACACGCCUGGGUUUGAGGGGUACAUAGACCUGGGCCGGGAGCUCUCUGUGCUGCAUUCGCUCCUGUGGGAGGUGGUCUCACAGCUCGACAAGGGUGAAAAUUCCUUCCUGCAGGCGACCGUAGCUAAGCUUGGGCCACUCCCACGUAUCCUGGGUGACAUCACCAGGUCUCUGUCUAAUCCGACGCUCAUCCAGCAGCAGUUAAGGUUCCAGGAUCAUAGCUCCUCCCAGAAUAUCAGUGGCAGUGUUGCUUCAGGACUGCACAGGAUAUUUGAAGACCCUGGGGACAGUGAUUUACACAAAGUGAAGUCACCCGCACAGGAGCACAUGGAUGGAUACUUCCGGGGCAAGCAGCCGCUUCCGGGGCAGCAGUCGUCCACCCAGAGCAUAAGCUACUCUGACAAAGAAGAGCGGGAAAAACUCCUGCCCAAUGGCCGCAGCAUCUCGCUCAUGGACCUUCAGGACAGUCACAUGAGCCACAGCGAGAGGGUGUCUAUCCACGAGGUGUCAGCUAGGCUCGCUGGGAGCCAGCUGUCUGUGGGACACCCACACCCACACAACCAGCAGCAGCAGCAUCACCACCAAGCCCCUGCCAAGCCCCCUCCACGGGAGGCACAGAACAUGCCUCAGAGCGCCCCCCAGAUCCGCCGACCGCUGCACUCCGCACUAAGCCAUCAAGGCAGCCUGCAGCCACUGUCCUUCCAGAACCCUGUGUACCACCUCAGCAACCCCCCUCAGCAAGCCUGCGGGCCAGACUCCAGCUCAGAGAACCUGAGCACUGAGAGCUCACGCAGCCACAGCAACAGUGAGGACUUUGCUGGCGCUGUUAAGCUGAGCGCCCCUUCCAACAGCAGCAUGGAGGACUUCAGCAGGGGCAGCACGCAGAGCGAAGACUGUGCCCCCCGGCGCCACACCGUGCUUGAUCGGCACGCCAUGCCUCUGCCUGUGGCCCUGCCUAGGCAGAACAGUGCCGGUCAGGCCCAGAUUGUGCGCGUGGAGCAGCAGAGCCACAGUGGGAGUGGGGGUGCCAGAACACCUCGAUCACUGCCCCACAGUGCCUCACUGCGCAGCACGAGCAGUGUUACAGGAAUCCCAGUCCCUGUUGAGGCGUCUUUGCACAAUGGAAACCGUUCCAGGCAGCAGUCUACCUCCUCCAGGGAGAGCCCAGUGCCCAAAGCCAGAAUGGUACAUAAACAACAACCACCUCAACAAGCUCAACAGGUGCAGUCUCCUGUGGAGUCGAUCACAAUGUCUCCAGUGGAGAGGACGGCGGCCUGGGUCCUCAACAAUGGGCAGUACGAGGAUGAGGAGACAGAGCAGGGUCGUGAUGAGAGCAAGCAUGUGGAAAAGUAUGAGCAGGAGAUUGCAAAACUGAAGGAGAAGCUGCGUUUGUCGAGCCGGCGCCUUGAGGAAUAUGAGCGGAGGCUACUGGCCCAGGAGCAGCAGAUGCAGAAGCUGUUGAUGGAGUACAAGGCCCGGUUGGAGGACAGCGAGGAGAGGCUGCGGAGGCAGCAGGAGGAGAAGGACAGUCAGAUGAAGAGCAUCAUCAGCAGGUUGAUGGCAGUGGAAGAGGAGCUGAGGAGAGAUCAUGCUGAGAUGCAGGCCGUUAUUGAUUCCAAACAGAAAAUUAUUGACGCACAGGAGAAGAGGAUCUCCUCGCUGGAUGUGGCAAACUCGCGGCUCAUGAGCGCAUUGACGCAGGUGAAGGAACGCUACAGUGUGCAGAACACCCGCAAUGGGAUCUCGCCUACCAAUCCCACCAAGCUGUCCAUCACAGAGAACGGGGAGUUCAAGAACAGCAGCUGCUGACAACAUCGGCAACGGCACCCAGCACAGGGAAAGCGCUAGCGAAUGGGUCGCUAAUGGACUGAAACCGACUGGUUUACUACUGGUGCUGCUAAAUCAACAGAAAGAAAUAGCCUUUGCGUUUGGUUCCUAUUUACAAAAUAUAUAGAUAAGGAAUGUUGCCCUCCAUAUCACUGUAUAUAGAAAUAUCUUGUAUGGGUCUGUACAGAGAUGUAUUGUAAGAUACUGCCAAGGAAAGGACUCAAAGGGUGGGGUGGGGGUGGGGGUGGGGGGGGGAGUGUAGAUAUUAUGUGUUUGCGAGUUGUGUUUUAUAAAUAACGUUCCCCUGUGCAGACAUAGAGAGCAGAUUUAUGCAGAAUUUUUCUUUUUUCUUUGUGUGUGUGUAAUUGAGAUUCACUAGCUAGAGCUGUACAUAUCAUAUAGGAAAUAGAGUAACAGUGAUUUAUAGAAUCAGUAUAGGUUGGAGGAAUGUUUUUAAUGAAAUUAUAAAGAUUAAAAGAAGUGUGAUGGCAUUUUGUGCACUCAAUUUGGCAAUCCCAGUUUUGUUUGUCCUUUUUUUUAAUCUAAAAUGCUGUCUGUUUAUUUUGAUGAAAUGUAAGUGCUUUUUAACUUUACAGAUCUAAGGCUGUCCAGUUCACUGCUUCUUCAGAAUUGCUCCCUGGUAUUUUUGUACCCAAAGAGGACUUUCUUUUUUUCCUUCUUUCUACAGUUGGGUAAAAAUGAAAGUUUUGUUUUUAUUUGCCUUGUUUUCUUGGCAGAUAUAUUUUGAUCUUUGUUAAAAUUCAUUGAAUGCAUCUUAUUGUUCAGUUCAUGGUAGUAACAGUUGUCUGCCUGUUACAAGGUUUUAAGAAGUGUUCUUUACAUGUAGGUGAUUUGCAAUUUGCUUGACCGUUCAGUUAACAAAGUUACUUUGUCCAACCAAGCUAAUUUGAUGAUCGUCCAAUAAUUGCACUGCCAGAUGAAAAAACAACAAAAAAACAAAAUAAGUCAAGUAAAAUGUAAAACCCCCACAACUGACGAGUGCUUCAUGAGGUGUUUUAUUAAGUUGAGUCACCUUAUUCUCAAGCUGUUCAAGUACUUGUUUACACUCCAGGAUAAUUGAUGGAAAGAAAGGAAAGGCAUAAACUUGUGCAAGUUCACUGUAUUUAUAUAAACGGUAACUUUGUAUAUCAAAUUAACAGGGGUAUCAAGGCACCAUUAAGUUCUUUAUAACAGAAGGGAUAUUUCUAUUAAUAUGUAAAUACUAACUUUAAAAACAGUUACAUAAACAUAUCUGUAUAUUAGUUAUACUAACCCAAAUUAAAGAUCAGAUUCAAGGCCAUUGUGUCAAUUGGAAAAUGUUUAUCUUCAGCAUGUUGUGCUACUGUACAGGUGUAAAGCUUCACCAAACUGGGGCAUUAAAAAACUCAAACUAGCAAUUAGACUAAAGACAGAGUUACCUUUCCUAUUCCAAGAAUUGAAGUAACUCCUGACGGAAACCUUAUUCCAAGGGAACAAAGAAGGAAAGAAAGGAAGGACGCUCUCGGUGGAAAAUGUUUUCAAUUAAGUGAAAAUAUUUAUUGCAUUAGAAAUGCAAUAGUGGUCAUGAAUACCAUAUUAAGAAAAUGAGCGUGGUAUUACCUCCCAAAUUAAAGGGACACUAACAUCUGUAGAGCUGUAGGGAGUCUUGUUGAAAAAAAAAAAAGGAUGGAUCACUAAAAAGUAACAGCACAUACUGAAGAAAACACUUUUCAGAUAGGAAAUUGAACCCUGCCUGUGAAAGCCUUAGCUGUAUCUUUGCACUUUGUACCUGUAAGACCUGUAAGCCUUUGUGUUUUUGAUGGCACCUGUUCACAGAUGUUUAACGUAUAGCUAACGCAGUUUGGUGUGACCGAUUUAAAGUCUUCCCAUUGGCUAAAUGAAACUGCAAUCAGGACUUAGGACACAAGGCUGUUGUGCUUAGCAGAAAACAAACGAUAUUGUAAUUAAUAGUAACUGCAUUUAAAAAAGAAAAAAAAAAACUGCAUUACAUAUCAGGCUGUACCAAGCCUAACAAUACACCCAAAGAUUUGUUCAAUAGGGUUACUAUAUUUGAUGUAAAUCCUGAUUAAAGAUGACCCUUUCAAUGUAA